GAUGAUGAUGAUUUGAAAAUUCCUCGCGCAGCUCUGAAUAAAAUGAUAAAGGAGUUAACUCCCAGUAUCCGUGUAGCCAACGAUGCUCGUGAACUCAUUUUAAACUGCUGCACUGAAUUUAUCCAUUUAGUUUCGUCUGAGGCAAAUGAUAUGUGUAACAAACAAAGUAAAAAGACAAUUUCUGCAGAGCAUGUGUUAGCAGCACUGGAUAAUCUAGGCUUUGGAGCAUAUAAAGAAGAAGCUGUUGCAGUUUUAGCAGAAGCGAAAGCAGUCGCGGCUAAAAAACGUCGUGGUAGUUCGCGUUUAGAAAAUCUUGGCAUUCCAGAAGAAGAGUUAUUAAGACAACAACAAGAAUUGUUUGCGAAGGCGCGACAAGAACAAGCCGAGUUGGAACAACAGCAAUGGCUACAGAUGCAGCAAGCAUUACAGGCCGGACAACUUCAAAAUUCAUCACAAACCAAUAAUGAUGAGGAUGAUGAU